UUGGAUUUCCCUUCGGAGAAUGCACAGAUCUUUCAGUCUGACUCCUAGAAAGGAAUUAGAUCUGGUUGCUGUCCCAAUCUUUCAGCAAUGACAAUGACAUAACAUCACAGGGCCACCUCAUCUUUCACAGACAAUCCUGCCAACCAAGUUUUCUAAAAGCCUUCUCUUCCUUGUCUUCUGUCUUACAGCAUUUCAGCGGCAUUUCCUUUCCUUGUGUUGUUUGCAUACAAUUCUGAAAACCUUUUCUUCCAUUUUUCAAAGUAGCAGACAAAACUGGACUAACUUUAUUUUUUUAAAAAAUGCUUUUGAAGUACUUAUCUUUUGAGGAAAUUUUUAUCCAAAAGACGGAAAUGGAAACAAUUAGAGUCUUUGCCUCUCCUCACCUUUCUGUCCUGAACCUGCCUUAAUUCACGGAGGUGAAAAAAAUGAUCAGCUGGGUUGGCCUUUUCUUUCUCAGCAACAACAUUGCAGAGAGAAAGAGAAAUGCACAGCGGUAUUGAUGAGUAGAUCCUUGGAUUCAGAGGUUGGCUGAAACGCACCAUGCCUGCUUCCAUCUUUUGCUCUGUAAAGUUGUGAAUUGCUCAUGCCUAUAGGGAGGAAGGAUGGCACAUGGGAUUCCUUCUCAAGGCAAAGUUACUGUAACAGUGGAUGAGUACAGCUCAAACCCCACCCAAGCAUUCACACACUACAACAUCAACCAGAGCAGAUUCCAGCCUCCACAUGUACAUAUGGUCGACCCCAUCCCAUAUGACACUCCAAAACCAGCGGGCCACACGCGGUUUGUCUGCAUCUCAGACACACACUCCAGAACAGAUGGUAUCCAGAUGCCUUAUGGGGACAUCCUUCUCCACACAGGCGAUUUCACCGAGCUGGGACUGCCCUCAGAGGUUAAGAAGUUUAAUGACUGGUUAGGAAACCUGCCAUAUGAAUAUAAAAUAGUGAUUGCUGGGAAUCAUGAACUGACAUUUGAUAAGGAAUUCAUGGCAGACCUUGUUAAACAGGACUACUACCGUUUCCCCUCUGUGUCCAAAUUGAAACCAGAGGACUUUGACAAUGUUCAGUCCCUUCUGACAAACAGUAUUUACUUACAAGAUUCGGAGGUAACAGUGAAGGGAUUCAGGAUAUACGGUGCACCUUGGACCCCGUGGUUUAAUGGAUGGGGCUUUAACCUACCCAGAGGUCAGUCUCUGCUGGACAAGUGGAACCUCAUCCCUGAGGGCAUUGACAUACUCAUGACACAUGGACCUCCUCUAGGUUUCCGAGACUGGGUUCCAAAGGAGCUUCAGAGAGUGGGCUGUGUGGAGCUGUUAAACACGGUUCAGAGGCGAGUCCGGCCCAAGCUCCACGUGUUUGGUGGAAUCCAUGAAGGUUAUGGCAUCAUGACCGACGGUUACACAACGUACAUCAAUGCCUCGACGUGUACAGUCAGCUUUCAACCGACCAACCCUCCCAUUAUAUUUGACCUUCCAAACCCACAGGGUUCCUGAAGCUCUAAAUGCCCUAUUGGAAUGUGAGGGAAGGUCUAUAAACUGCCAUUUUUCUAAUUAUAACUUACAUUCUCUUACUUCUUUCCAAACCCUGUGAGUUCUUUUUGUAAAUUGUUGGAACACAAAUGAUGCUAGAGGUUGUGCUUCUUCUUUAUUUUAUUUUAUUUUAAAUGGGGCAUCCAUUUGAAAUCAGAGGAACAUUGUGAAUUUGUAAAAUGACUUCUGUUUUCUCAAAGGCCAUGCCACUGUAAAUUGUUAGUGUUCGCCAAAGGACAGCCAAGCUUUCUUUUAAAAAGUGAUAAAAGUCUUAUUUUAAAAUGCUUUAAGCUGAAAGAAAAAAAAUAAGAAACAGGUAGGCAGUGUUUUAAAAACCAACCCGGAUUUGCACAACUGUUUAAGAGUAUUGUUUGAAAUAUUUUAAUUUUUAAUGUUUUGUUGUUGUUUUCUUGGUAAUGCUUCUUCUUUGCAGAUGUGGUCCCGAUUUAUAGCAAUCUUCUCAACAGAAGUAGGCAUGGAAAAGACUCCACACUCUCACUAUAAAGAAAGCUGCAUUGAGAAGAAAAUGGCCAUCAUUUAAAGGAUGGUUUAGCUAGUGAGAUUCCUAUUGUGGUUAUACAAGGUCUCAUUGUUUGUUUCUUUUAAAUUAUUUUAGCUUUAAAAAUACAGAAAUGGAAUCUAUCAAGAGCAGGUAUUUCAUACGGUUAAAAAAAAUGAACAUGCAGACUCCUUUUCAAUAAGGGUUUAUAUAUAUAAGUAUUUUUUGUGUAUUAUGACUAUGUUAGGAGUUUAAUAUUGCCAAGGACAGUACAACUGCAAAGGGAUGCUGUAUAGCAGCACAUCAGAAGUCAGAAGGAACUGACAUAUUUUCUCAGAACUCAAGAUCUUAAAGAGCUUGAGUUAAAUCUAGGUACAGUUACAGGCGUGUACAGACUUAAAUGGAUGCAAUGGAAGCUAACUAAAAUAAGGCUUAGUUGUCCUUUCUAUUUAAAUACCCUGAAUUGUCUUCUUACUUCCCCUCCCCCUCCCAUUUUGCACUGUGUGUCGAUGCAAUCUUCGCUAGCACAAAAUAUUGUCGCUAAUAGUCAUUUCUGUUUUCCCAUUGUAAAUGCUGUUGAGCUUUAUUCUAUUUUAUGUUACCUUGUUAAUGAAAUUUAGGAAAGCAGUUGUUUCUUUAAAUUUAUUGUGAUAUUCUAUAUCUAGCGGCCUUUAUAUGCAAAUAAAAUUGCAAGAUUUUUAA